GGACUUCCCAGAGCCUGCCUAGAGCGCGCACUCAGCGGCUCUCGGGUCCCAGCGUCCCAGCCGCGGCCCGCGCCCCUCCGCCCCGCUCCUCCUCCUCCUCUUCCUCCUCCUCCUCCUCUUCUCUAGGCACCCCCGUCCCCUCCUUCCAGCGGCUGCAGCCCCCAGCCCCAACUCUCCGCGCUUACUCCUGGGACGCCGCUCCUCGCCCCAUCCUUUGCUUCCUUCCUUCCUUCUUCCUUCCUCCCCUGGCUCCCGCCCUCCCUCUCCAGGUCGCCCUCCCGGGGCCCGAUUGUCUCGGUGCCCCGCUCCCGGCCCGCGCCCUGCCCCGUCUCUCCCUUGCACUUCCUGAGUCGCCCGCCGCCACCGUCGUAGACUCGCCGCGGGAGCCCCAGUCCAGCCCAGCCCGAGCCCGACAGCCACUGCCCCGGCUCCAGCUCCAGCCCCGCAGCCCGCGGCGCCCGCCCGAGGGAGCCCCGGCGCCCGGGGAAGGCUACAGUGGGCGAGCGCGUCCUCGCCCAGCCCCGCGCCCCAGCCCUGCCCGGCCCGGCGAGGAAGGACCGGGAAGAUGAACAACGGCGGCAAAGCCGAGAAGGAGAACACCCUGAGCGAGGCCAACCUUCAGGAGGAGGAGGUCCGGACCCUAUUUGUCAGUGGCCUUCCCCUAGAUAUCAAACCUCGGGAACUCUAUCUGCUUUUCAGACCAUUUAAGGGCUAUGAGGGUUCUCUUAUAAAGCUCACAUCUAAACAGCCUGUAGGUUUUGUCAGUUUUGACAGUCGCUCAGAAGCAGAAGCUGCAAAGAAUGCUUUGAAUGGCAUCCGCUUCGAUCCUGAAAUUCCGCAAACACUACGACUAGAGUUUGCUAAGGCAAACACGAAGAUGGCCAAGAACAAACUCGUAGGGACUCCAAACCCCAGUACUCCUCUGCCCAACACUGUACCUCAGUUCAUUGCCAGAGAGCCAUAUGAGCUCACAGUGCCUGCACUUUACCCCAGUAGCCCUGAAGUGUGGGCCCCGUACCCUCUGUACCCAGCGGAGUUAGCGCCUGCUCUACCUCCUCCUGCUUUCACCUAUCCCGCUUCACUGCAUGCCCAGGUAAUUGAUACCCAUCGGCCACGACUUCACUCACUUCACCACCAGUCCUUUCAAACUUGGUUCCCCAGAGCACACCAUACAACUAACACCUAUCUAGCUAACAGAUCCACCUUCAAGAGAUUAAUGAUCCCCUCUAAAUCAAGCUGACACUCCUUCAGGACUUACGAGGAUCGUCUGACAGCAAUGAUAUCACCCACUGCCUGAUGUUUGCCCCAAAUGACACCUCUCUCUUCCUUAAUGAUCUCACCUCAUAUCGCACAUGAGAGACCGGGGCAGGUUUAUCCACCUGGCUCCCAGCUAGCUAGAGGGCAUCACCAGAGUGUAUACGUGUGUGCCUUGUGUGGAAGGGCUGCAGAGGAAGGUGUGUGUUAGGAGAAGGGGAUAUGUGCGUCUGUGCGUGUUUCUGUGUGUUGAGAGUUUUCCACUCUCGUGUACGGCGAGAAGGAUCUCUGACCAAAGGGAAAGCUUCCAGGGGGGAGGGCUGUAUUUUCUUAAAUAUGUUACAGGAAAGAUUAAGGGUUCCUUCUCUCCAUUUUCAGGAAACCCUGUAGAAAAGGAGGUACAAGAUAGUGGCUAAGAUGGAAUUACAGGUCAAGGUAGAGAUCUGUAUUCUGACCAGCUUUCUUUCUUAGUUAAAAAUAGCCUGAUUUUUAUAAACAAACUUCCUGUUUCUCCACAAAGAUUACUGUCUACAUACUAACACUUCCUCUCCCCUUGGAGAAAAUAUUUCUCUUAGCUUUGCUUUUAGUGCAAGUGGUAGUAAUCAGUGUAAAGAUUCACCUUUGGAGAUCACCACUCAUUCUUGGCCUGCAAAGAUUGAUGACCAGUAACAUAGAAAGUACGUACAUAGGUUUCAUUUGUCUUUCUGCAUGUGUAAUUCAGCCUUUAAAUUUUAAAUUUUAAAAAACUAUGAGGCUGGACAGGCGGAGUUUUCGUUUGCCUGUUUUGCUCAGUGUUUGUUUACAAGGCUGGAUGAAAUAAACAGCUUCCCAGAAAACCUCCUUCUGACUUAAAACUCUUUAUGUUGUACACAAUUCCCUGUCUUGAUAAAGACCACCUAGAAGCAGCCCCCAGUGAGGGUUCUUGAAAGUCAUGGGGUCAAGAUUGUUGUUGGCUGAACAUCUUUUAAUUCUUUUCACCGAGUUACCAACAUGUUGUGCGUGCAUUGAUGACCCGGCUUCCUGGGCUGCCCUUGGUGCCUGAGCCCCGUAAUGAUUGCCCUCUAUGUUGGGAGAAGAAGGGAGAAAGUAGUACAAGUAGUGAAGAAAAAAAUGUAGGUGGUGGUAGUGGUUGAGAGUACAUGGCACAGAAAAUAAAGGAGCCAGGAUUACCUGUGCCUUUGGCUUCUCCUUCCCCUGCUGCUUUUUCUUCCUUUUUCCACGUCAGUGCUUGGGAACCCUCACAACUGGCAGGUAACGGGGUCGGGAUAAAAUGUAAACCUGUGGGUGUCUUCUGCUGAGUCAUGAGGAUCUUUGUAGCAGGCUGCGGAUAAAUAUGUGGAUGACAUGGGGCAACUAAGAGCCCCUUUUGCUUGCCACCUCCCACCCCUGCUCUGGAUGGUGUCUCUGCUUGCUAGACUGCCGGGUACAGAUCACGUGGCAAUUAAGGCAAAUGUUAAUAAAUACCAUGAAACAGUGGUUUGCAUAGUCUUCUGAAUAGCCAUGGCUUUGGUUAGUCAGCAACAAAGCCUUUCACCCUUACCCUGGAUAAUCAAGAGUUGACAACAGCCAGAAAGUACUGGGAAUGGUGGCUUUUGGCCAUGACAUCUGCCCAUUCUUCAUUCAUGUAAUGGGUAAAAUCAGAAGUAAUUCUGGAGAUACGGUAUGGUAAGAGAAGGGCCUAAAGAGUCUCAAGAGAUUAGAAAGCAUAUGCCAUUCAUUGUAAGGAAGGAUGGGGAGAGACAGUGCCAAGAUUAGAUGGACUCAGCCAUUUGACUUAAUGGGAUGCAUUGCCCAUGGUGGCACCCUCCCCUGGGAGUUCUUCCUUGAUCUUGAGACUUUCCCAAACUGGAAUCCACUUAGCUCUGCCACAUCGGUCCCAGAUUUGGUGGGACUCUCAUCUGGUAUCAGUUUUCAACGCCACUUCUUGUUUGGAGUCAUUCCCAGUGCAGUCAUGGACUCUAUGAACAAAUACGGUUAUUUAAAUUUAUUUGUCCAGUAUGAGAAUCAGAAUGAACUAGUAGAGGCUUUACAGAUCAGCUGGUCUGACCCAUUUUACAGAUGAGGAAACAGGCCUGAGAAGAUGGAGGGAGUUACCCACAAUCUGAAGGGGCUCUACCAUGACUAGACCCAGGUCACCUGCCUCCCAGGCCUGGCUCUUUCCACUCCGAGGUGCUGGCUCACCACAGACUUAUUCUUUAAUGGAAUUUUGGAAAGGCCUCACUCCAGUGACUCCUUGGAUCUUUCUUCUCUAAGUAGAUGGGAAGCCUGUAAGAAGAGACUUGGAGGCAAAGCAAAGGGAAUCAGCACUUAACCCUCACCCAAAGGGCCCAAGAGAAUCUUUAGUAACUGGAGGCAGAGCAGACUGGAGCCUCUACGGGGCAUCUCCCCAUAUUGGAGAAUUCAGUCUUUGUUUUGGAAAUCUUAUAAUGUCUUUGGAGAGGCUUUAAAUAAUUUUGUUUUUCUUAGCAAUGUUAUGCUCUAUUUUGAGACAUGGAUUUUUUUUUUCUUCUAGUGUUUCUCUCCUGAGGCAAAGCCCAACACACCUGUCUUUUGUCCACUUCUCCAGCAAAUUAGAUUUGUCUCUGGGAAUGUGUUUGUAACAUACCAACCUACUGCAGACCAGCAGAGGGAGCUCCCAUGUUGAAUUUGUUUGUUAGCUAUUUUUCCCCCCUUUCACAAAAACUAUUUCUUGACGACCUUUGAGAGAUUUCAAUAAAAAUUUUAAUCAGAGCAAAAAUGAA